CUACCAUUCCUAUAAGGACAGACUCUCGGUGACCAUAGUCUUGAUUUGGGGAGCUCCUUCCUGUGGCCUCCUAGCUGCUCCACUGGUUUGUCCCUUCAGCCUGGAUUGGUGACACGAAACCACUGGAGAUAUUUCCAGGUUUGCUGGCAUGGGAAACUUGCUCAAAGUCCUGACCCGGGAAAUUGAGAAUUAUCCACACUUUUUCCUGGAUUUUGAAAAUGCCCAGCCGACGGAAGGAGAACGAGAGAUAUGGAACCAGAUCAGUGCAGUCCUCCAAGAUUCUGAGAGCAUCCUCACAGACCUGCAGGCUUACAAAGGUGCAGGACCAGAGAUCCGAGAUGCAAUUCAAAAUCCCAAUGACAUUCAACUUCAAGAAAAGGCUUGGAAUGCAGUCUGCCCCCUGGUCGUGAGGCUGAAGCGGUUUUAUGAAUUUUCCAUCAGGCUUGAAAAAGCUCUUCAGAGUUUACUGGAAUCUCUGACGUGUCCUCCCUACACACCAACCCAACACCUGGAGCGGGAGCAGGCCCUGGCAAAGGAAUUUGCAGAAAUCUUACAUUUUACCCUUCGAUUCGAUGAGCUGAAGAUGAGGAACCCAGCCAUUCAGAAUGACUUUAGCUACUACAGAAGAACAAUAAGUCGCAACCGCAUCAACAAUAUGCAUCUAGACAUUGAGAAUGAAGUGAAUAACGAGAUGGCCAAUCGAAUGUCCCUCUUCUACGCAGAAGCGACACCAAUGCUGAAGACCCUUAGCAAUGCCACGAUGCACUUUGUCUCAGAAAAUAAAACCCUGCCGAUAGAGAACACCACAGACUGCCUCAGUACGAUGACAAGUGUGUGCAAAGUUAUGCUGGAGACACCGGAGUACAGGAGCAGGUUCACAAGUGAGGAGACGCUCAUGUUCUGCAUGAGGGUGAUGGUGGGUGUCAUCAUCCUCUAUGAUCACGUGCACCCUGUGGGAGCCUUCUGCAAGACAUCCAAGAUUGAUAUGAAAGGUUGUAUAAAGGUGUUGAAGGAACAGGCCCCUGAUAGUGUGGAAGGGCUGCUGAAUGCUCUCAGGUUCACUACAAAGCACUUGAAUGAUGAAUCGACUUCCAAACAGAUUCGGGCGAUGCUUCAGUAGAGAGCCCUGCUCGCAGAAGAGGAUCUGUGUGCUGACCUCAGAAGAUGUAUAUGUUUACAUAAUUUAAUACAGAUUGAUGUUAAUACUUGUGUAUUUACGUAACCACUUCCUUCUUGUCACUGAAAUAUAUGGACCUUAAUUCGUAUCCUGACUGACUCAACCCAGCAGAGCAUAAAUUGACUUGAGAGCCUUACUUUUGAUGUCUGACAUGAGAAUCCUUUCUCCGAGGGCCAAAUUUGAAAGCUUCGAUCCUGGCUGCUGGAAGCUUGCAAUGACACCUGGAACAAUCCGAACUUCUUAAUAGUUUGUGGGAUUGUUCUAACUCUAGGCAUGUUAUCUCUCUGGGAGUAUAGUUUAUAGAAACACAAAGUACUUGAUUUCCUGUGUUGGCUCAGAUACAAGAAACACAUACAUUGUUGCAGAGAGAGAGAGAGAGAGAGAGAGAGAGAGAGAGAGAGAGAGAGGGAGAGAGAGAGAGAAGAAGAAGAACCCAAGAUUUUAAAAAAUGCACAUGGAGAGUGGAGCACAAGUGUUCUGAGUUCAGCACACACCCCUUCCUUCUGCCUGCAAACUUCACGUGCAGCUUUUCCAUGCACACGUGUUUUAUUAAUUCAAAUAUUCUCCUUCUGGUUCAGCUUAUGUCCCUUUCAUUCCCUUUUAAUUUUUGCGAGAGGAAGAUUCCUGUGUUUUAAUUCACUAAUGAAGAGGCAAUGGGACAGAUAGAGGGGUUCUGGCAGGAGGAUUGAGGAAAAGUGGCUAUCUUAAAGAGUAUUUGGCAUAAGGACAGUCAUAUCUGUGUCAACCCUUUGCCUGUGGGGACAGAUAAAUGGAACUCUGGUUGUAAAUAAGACCACUCACUUCCCAGGAGUCUGCAGAGUUCUAGGUACACCUCCCCUCUUGGUAAGUGAGCCCCUCUUCUCUAUCAAAAUGGACUGUUCAUGUCAGAACUGAGAACUAAGGCACUUUGUUAUUUACCAGAAAACUGGAGGAAUUUUGAUUCCUAGUGUCAGCCUCCACAGGUUUGAAGACUUUGGCAGAUUUCACUUUUAGCCUCACCUUCCUCAUGUAUAAAAUAGCUAGUCUUGUGCCUGAAGAGAUGGCUCAGUGGUAAUGAGUGUUUGUGGCUGUUGCAGAGGAUCUGGAUUCAAUUCCCAGUGCCCAUGAGGUAGCUCACAACUACCCAAUACUCAAGUCCCAGGGCAUCCAAUACCCUCUAUGGAUACCACACAUGCACAUAGUGCACUUCUAUACAUGCAGGGAAACACACACACAUAAAAUAAAAUGAAUGAAGUUUUUUAAAAAUCUAAAAUAGAUAGUUGCUAAGAGUCCUGGAAGGCUAGUAGGAUCCACUCCACAACCUUCCUUUACGUAUAAUUUUCAGUGAGUAUCCUUAUGAUUAUUACUAUCACCAGGCCUGCAGUCAUUCUGCCUAUAGGUCAGAGCUGAGUUAGGGUGGGGUCUUGGAAACAUAUCCUGGCCUCUAAUGGAAAGAUGUGGACACACAAGAUGACUUCUACAUAGGACUAGAUCCUGAGUGUUGGGAAACCUGAAUCUAUAUACUUCCCUCUUUACCAUGUGGCCUAUGAAUAUAUAUUGUGGAGUGUAUGGACCCAUGUAUAGAAAGUUUGAGGCUAAUCUGUGUUAUUACUUGCAUAUGUCCACUGGAAGGAGAGAAUUUUUCAGACAGCUGAAGAAUGAUAACCCCAGGAGUCAGGUCUAGGGUGAUAGGGGUAUGGUAUUGUUUGGUUUGCAACAUUCCAAGAGAGGAGCUGUGAAAUACCAACACUUCCAGACUAGUGGCUACCCAACAUUCCACUGAGUCCCCCAAAAAAGGGGACACUUGGUUCAUUUCAACAAAGAAGUACAAACAAAUGGAUGAACUUGUUCCCUGCUUUCUAUGUUAGUGUAGUCAGCAGACAAAAUGGCAGAGCUGGUUCCCCAGCCCGUAUGUCAGUGUAGUUGAUGGAGAGGUGAAAGCCUAUUCCCUUGGCGCUUUAUCAGAAGAAUAAGUAAGUUCAGUCACUUGACUGAUGGGGGUGUUCUCACCACAACAAAAUCACAGUAGGUGGCUUCUGUGACCUUGUCAAACCUAGGAAUUCCACAAUCCAGAGGAAAUCAAAAUCGUGUGAUCAUAUAGGGUGAGACAUUCUCCAAUGUUCAACUUUAGGGUGUGCUAUUUGGUAGCCAUAGGCAAUGCUCAGUUGGGCAACUCUCAAGCCUACAAGGGCAGAGAUGCACACUACUAAUGAGCAUAUGUCCAUUUGCUCUUUCCUCAAAAGAGGAGAUUAAGAUUUCAGAAAAGAAAGGACUGCCCAAUUUCUCUUGGGCUCUUAGACACAGACCUGAGCCAUGAACCCAAGCCACGUAUCUACACCAUAGCUGCCUCUCAGCUGGCUACAUAAGAAAACAUUAGGUAUUGUCUGUCAGAUUUUACACACACACAAACACACACACAGAGUUGAGGACAUGUGUAAGUUUUAGUUAGACUUUCUAUUCAACGGGACCAAAUGUGUGUAUGGGUGCUGUCAGUCUGCUUCAGUCUGGCCAGUCCAUUGUCUCCAAGAUGAGACUCAACAGGACUUGAAUUUUGAGAAGCCCAGGGUCUGAAUAGUUGCCUCAGGUCACCAAAAGGACAGGCUGAUCUGUGUCUGUGAUCACUAACAGGGAGUGGGCCCUGAGUCUGCUCCUGAAUUGUUGUGGGAGACCAAUUCUCUUAACAGACUGUCCAGUAGACAUCUGGAAUCCUUGAACAAUUUGUUUUUAAUUCCUUUUUUUUUUCCCUUUGUGCUGCAUGCGGAUGUAUCCAGCACUCAUAAGUGGUUUGGGGAAAAGUACUAGGGUCAAUGUCAAUGUUAAUAAUACUUCAUAAUCGAUGUCUCAUAAUUUUAAAAUAAAGUGUUUUAUAUGA